UCUAACAGACAGUGGGUACCACCGAGUGAGUGUCAGAACGGAAAGCUAAGGCGGAAGCAGAGGGGAUGCAGUCAUCGCCUUUCUUGUUUUUCCUUCUUUAGUGAUGAUAGUGGACAUGUGAGGUUUUACUUUCUGCUCUAGGCUGAAUUCUAAAGACCUGCUUUCAAGACUGCUAUAUUCAACACACACAUGGAUUCUGUGCUAUGAUUACAGUUCCCUUUAUUUCAGCAUGAUGGAAUUUUAGCUGCAGUCUUCUUGGUUCCAGCUUAUCAGCCCAAAACUCUGAAUAAAAAAGCUUCUGCAGGGCACUUUCUUAUUCGAGGAGCUAAACAGUGAUUAAAGAAGCAGGAUGAAAAGAUGGCACAGUCAGUGCUGGUACCGCCAGGACCUGACAGCUUCCGCUUCUUUACCAGGGAAUCCCUUGCUGCUAUUGAACAACGCAUUGCAGAAGAGAAAGCUAAGAGACCCAAGCAGGAGCGCAAGGACGAAGAUGAUGAAAAUGGCCCAAAGCCAAAUAGUGACUUGGAAGCAGGAAAAUCCCUUCCUUUUAUUUAUGGUGACAUUCCUCCAGAGAUGGUAUCAGAGCCCCUGGAGGACCUGGACCCCUACUAUAUCAAUAAGAAAACUUUUAUAGUAUUGAAUAAAGGGAAAGCAAUCUCUCGGUUCAGUGCGACCUCUGCCCUGUAUAUUUUAACUCCCUUCAACCCUAUUAGAAAAUUAGCUAUUAAGAUUUUGGUACAUUCUUUAUUCAACGUGCUCAUUAUGUGCACAAUUCUUACCAACUGUGUGUUUAUGACCAUGAGUAACCCUCCAGACUGGACAAAGAAUGUGGAGUACACUUUUACAGGAAUUUAUACUUUUGAAUCACUUAUUAAAAUACUUGCAAGAGGCUUUUGUCUAGAAGAUUUCACGUUUCUACGGGAUCCCUGGAAUUGGUUGGAUUUCACUGUCAUUACUUUUGCAUAUGUGACAGAGUUUGUGGACCUGGGCAAUGUCUCAGCAUUGAGAACAUUCAGAGUUCUCCGAGCAUUGAAAACAAUUUCAGUCAUUCCAGGCCUGAAGACCAUCGUAGGGGCCCUGAUCCAGUCUGUGAAGAAGUUGUCUGACGUCAUGAUCCUCACCGUGUUCUGUCUUAGCGUGUUUGCACUAAUUGGGCUGCAGCUGUUCAUGGGCAACCUGAGGAAUAAAUGCUUGCAGUGGCCCCCAGACAACUCUUCCUUUGAAUUAAAUAUAACUUCCUUUUUUAAUAACUCACUGGAUGGGAAUGGCACCGCUUUCAAUAGGACAGUGAACAUGUUUAACUGGGAUGAAUACAUUGAAGAUAAAAGUCACUUUUAUUUUUUGGAAGGACAAAAUGAUGCUCUGCUUUGUGGGAACAGUUCUGAUGCAGGCCAGUGUCCUGAAGGAUACAUCUGUGUGAAGGCUGGGAGAAACCCCAACUAUGGCUAUACGAGCUUUGACACAUUUAGCUGGGCCUUCUUGUCCUUAUUUCGUCUCAUGACUCAAGACUUCUGGGAAAACCUUUAUCAACUGACCCUCCGUGCUGCUGGGAAAACAUACAUGAUAUUUUUUGUGUUGGUCAUUUUCUUGGGCUCAUUCUACCUGAUAAACUUGAUCCUGGCUGUGGUGGCCAUGGCCUAUGAAGAGCAGAAUCAGGCCACCUUGGAGGAGGCUGAGCAGAAGGAGGCGGAGUUUCAGCAGAUGCUGGAACAGUUGAAAAAGCAGCAAGAGGAAGCUCAGGCCGCAGCGGCAGCGGCAGCAUCUGCAGAAUCCAGGGACUUCAGUGGGGCUGGUGGGAUAGGAGUUUUCUCAGAGAGCUCGUCAGUAGCAUCUAAGCUGAGUUCCAAGAGUGAAAAAGAGCUGAAAAACAGAAGAAAGAAAAAGAAACAGAAAGAACAGUCUGGAGAAGAAGACAAAGAGGUAGUGCGGAAGUCUGAAUCCGAAGACAGCAUAAGAAAAAAAGGCUUUCGGUUUUCAUUGGAAGGAAGUAGGCUAACAUAUGAAAAGAGGUUUUCCUCGCCACACCAGUCUUUACUGAGCAUCCGAGGCUCCAUUUUCUCUCCAAGACGCAACAGUAGGGCGAGCCUUUUCAGCUUCAAAGGUCGGACGAAGGAUAUUGGCUCUGAGAAUGACUUUGCCGAUGAUGAGCACAGCACCUUUGAGGACAACGACAGCAGAAGAGAUUCUCUGUUUGUACCGCACAAACACGGAGAACGGCGUCCCAGCAACGUAAGCCAGGCCAGCCGAGCCUCCCGGGGGUUGCCCACUCUGCCCAUGAACGGCAAGAUGCACAGUGCGGUGGACUGCAAUGGCGUGGUCUCCCUGGUUGGAGGCCCCUCAGCCCUCACGUCUCCGGUGGGGCAGCUACUGCCAGAGGGCACGACUACUGAAACAGAAAUAAGAAAGAGACGAUCCAGUUCCUAUCAUGUCUCCAUGGAUUUGCUGGAAGACCCUACAUCAAGGCAAAGGGCAAUGAGUUUAGCCAGCAUUUUAACCAACACUAUGGAAGAACUUGAAGAAUCUAGACAGAAAUGCCCACCCUGCUGGUAUAAGUUUGCUAACACAUGCCUGAUUUGGGACUGCUGUAAGCCAUGGUUAAAGGUAAAGCACCUGGUCAACCUGGUAGUGAUGGACCCAUUUGUGGACCUGGCCAUCACCAUCUGCAUUGUGUUAAACACACUCUUCAUGGCCAUGGAGCACUACCCCAUGACGGAGCAGUUCAGCAGCGUGCUGUCUGUGGGGAAUUUGGUCUUCACUGGAAUCUUCACAGCAGAAAUGUUUCUCAAAAUAAUAGCAAUGGACCCAUAUUACUACUUUCAAGAAGGCUGGAAUAUCUUUGAUGGUUUCAUUGUGAGCCUUAGUUUAAUGGAACUUGGCUUGGCAAAUGUGGAAGGAUUGUCAGUCCUCCGAUCAUUCCGCCUGCUCCGAGUGUUCAAGUUGGCAAAAUCCUGGCCCACACUGAAUAUGCUGAUAAAGAUCAUCGGCAAUUCCGUGGGGGCGCUGGGAAACCUCACCCUGGUGUUGGCCAUCAUCGUCUUCAUUUUUGCGGUGGUCGGCAUGCAGCUCUUUGGGAAGAGCUACAAGGAGUGUGUCUGUAAGAUUUCCAAUGACUGUGAGCUCCCGCGCUGGCAUAUGCAUGACUUCUUCCACUCCUUCCUGAUCGUGUUCCGCGUGCUGUGCGGAGAGUGGAUAGAGACCAUGUGGGACUGCAUGGAGGUUGCGGGGCAAACCAUGUGUCUUACUGUCUUCAUGAUGGUCAUGGUGAUUGGGAACCUUGUGGUUCUGAACCUCUUCUUGGCUUUGCUUCUGAGUUCAUUCAGCUCUGACAACCUUGCCGCCACGGACGAUGAUAACGAAAUGAACAAUCUCCAGAUUGCGGUGGGAAGGAUGCAGAGGGGAAUCGAUUUUGUUAAAAGAAAAAUACGUGAGUUCAUUCAGAAAGCCUUUGUUAGAAAACAGAAAGCAUUAGAUGAAAUCAAACCUCUCGAAGACCUGAAUAACAAAAAGGACAGUUGUAUUUCCAACCAUACCACCAUAGAAAUAGGCAAAGACCUCAAUUAUCUCAAAGAUGGAAACGGAACGACCAGUGGCAUAGGCAGCAGUGUGGAGAAGUACGUGGUGGAUGAGAGCGAUUACAUGUCGUUCAUAAACAACCCCAGCCUCACUGUGACGGUCCCCAUUGCCGUUGGAGAGUCCGACUUUGAAAAUUUGAAUACAGAAGAAUUCAGCAGUGAAUCAGAUAUGGAGGAAAGCAAAGAGAAAUUAAAUGCAACUAGUUCAUCCGAAGGCAGUACAGUGGAUAUAGGGGCUCCGGCAGAGGGAGAGCAACCCGAGGCAGAACCCGAAGAAUCCCUUGAACCUGAAGCCUGCUUCACAGAAGACUGUGUGCGGAAGUUCAAAUGUUGUCAGAUAAGCAUAGAGGAAGGCAAAGGCAAACUCUGGUGGAACUUGAGGAAAACAUGCUAUAAGAUAGUGGAGCACAACUGGUUUGAAACUUUCAUCGUCUUCAUGAUCCUGCUCAGCAGUGGCGCUCUGGCCUUUGAAGACAUAUAUAUUGAACAACGAAAGACCAUUAAGACCAUGUUGGAAUAUGCUGACAAAGUUUUCACUUAUAUUUUCAUCCUGGAAAUGCUUCUCAAGUGGGUUGCAUAUGGCUUCCAAAUGUAUUUUACCAAUGCCUGGUGCUGGCUAGACUUCCUGAUUGUUGAUGUGUCAUUGGUCAGUUUAACUGCAAAUGCCUUAGGCUACUCAGAACUUGGUGCCAUCAAAUCCCUGAGAACACUCAGAGCUCUAAGGCCACUAAGAGCCUUGUCCCGGUUUGAAGGCAUGAGGGUUGUUGUAAAUGCUCUUCUAGGAGCCAUUCCCUCCAUAAUGAAUGUACUUCUGGUCUGCCUGAUCUUUUGGCUCAUAUUCAGUAUCAUGGGAGUGAAUCUCUUUGCUGGCAAGUUCUACCAUUGUAUCAACUAUACUACUGGAGAGAUGUUUGAUGUGAGUGUGGUCAACAACUACAGUGAGUGCAAGGCUCUUAUAGAGAGCAAUCAGACGGCCAGGUGGAAAAAUGUGAAAGUAAACUUUGACAAUGUGGGACUUGGAUAUCUUUCUCUGCUUCAAGUAGCCACAUUUAAGGGAUGGAUGGAUAUCAUGUAUGCAGCUGUUGACUCAAGAAAUGUAGAAUUGCAGCCCAAAUAUGAAGACAACCUGUACAUGUACCUUUACUUUGUCAUCUUCAUCAUCUUUGGCUCAUUCUUCACUCUCAAUCUGUUCAUUGGUGUCAUCAUAGAUAACUUCAACCAACAGAAAAAGAAGUUUGGAGGUCAAGACAUCUUUAUGACAGAAGAACAGAAGAAAUACUACAAUGCAAUGAAAAAGCUGGGUUCAAAGAAACCACAAAAGCCCAUACCUCGGCCUGCUAACAAAUUUCAAGGAAUGGUCUUUGAUUUUGUAACCAAACAAGUCUUUGACAUCAGCAUCAUGAUCCUCAUCUGCCUCAACAUGGUCACCAUGAUGGUGGAAACUGACGACCAGAGUCAGGAGAUGACGAACAUCCUGUACUGGAUCAACCUGGUGUUCAUUGUGCUGUUCACGGGCGAGUGCGUGCUCAAGCUCAUCUCCCUCCGCUAUUACUAUUUCACCAUCGGAUGGAACAUUUUUGAUUUUGUGGUAGUCAUUCUCUCCAUUGUUGGAAUGUUUCUUGCUGAGCUGAUAGAGAAGUAUUUUGUGUCCCCUACCCUCUUCCGUGUGAUCCGCCUGGCCAGGAUUGGCCGAAUCCUCCGUCUGAUCAAAGGCGCCAAGGGGAUCCGCACGCUGCUCUUCGCUCUGAUGAUGUCACUUCCUGCUCUGUUUAACAUCGGCCUCCUGCUCUUCCUGGUCAUGUUCAUCUACGCCAUCUUUGGAAUGUCCAAUUUUGCCUAUGUUAAGAGGGAAGUUGGAAUUGAUGACAUGUUCAAUUUUGAGACCUUUGGCAACAGCAUGAUCUGCCUGUUCCAAAUCACCACCUCUGCGGGCUGGGAUGGACUCCUAGCUCCUAUUCUGAACAGUGCGCCUCCCGACUGUGACCCUGACACAAUUCACCCUGGAAGCUCAGUGAAGGGGGACUGUGGGAACCCAUCUGUAGGUAUUUUCUAUUUUGUCAGCUACAUCAUCAUCUCCUUCCUGGUUGUGGUGAACAUGUACAUCGCCGUCAUCCUGGAGAACUUCAGCGUUGCCACUGAAGAGAGUGCAGAGCCCCUGAGCGAGGACGACUUUGAGAUGUUCUACGAGGUCUGGGAGAAGUUCGACCCUGAUGCCACUCAGUUCAUAGAAUUCUGCAAGCUCUCUGACUUUGCAGCCGCGCUGGAUCCUCCUCUGCUUAUCGCAAAGCCCAACAAAGUCCAGCUCAUCGCCAUGGACCUGCCCAUGGUCAGUGGAGACCGGAUCCACUGCCUGGACAUCUUAUUUGCUUUUACAAAGCGGGUUUUGGGUGAGAGUGGAGAGAUGGAUGCCCUCCGCAUACAGAUGGAAGAGCGGUUCAUGGCCUCAAAUCCCUCCAAAGUCUCUUAUGAACCCAUCACCACCACUUUGAAACGCAAACAAGAGGAGGUGUCUGCUAUUGUUAUCCAGCGAGCUUACAGGCGCUAUCUCCUAAAGCAGAAAGUUAAGAAAGUUUCAUCUAUAUAUAAGAAAGACAAGGGCAAAGAAGGCGAGGGAACACCAAUCAAAGAAGACAUCCUCAUGGAUAAACUAAACGAGAAUUCAACUCCAGAGAAAACUGACGUGACACCUUCUACCACUUCACCACCUUCAUACGAUAGUGUGACCAAACCAGAGAAGGAAAAAUUUGAAAAGGACAAAUCAGAGAAAGAGGACAAAGGAAAAGAUAUCAGGGAAAGUAAAAAGUAAAAAGAAACCAAGAAUAUUCCAUUUUGUGAUCAACUGUUUACAGCCUGUGUUGGUGAUGCAUCUGUGGAUUCCCUCAGGAGGUCUAUGCCAGACUGACUGUUUCUACAAAUGUAUUCUUAAGGUCAGUGCCUAUAACAAGACAGGGACCUCUGGUCAGCAAACUGGGACUCACUAAGCCAGAGAAACAGCACUGACAGGUUUCUGUUUCCACAACCAGCUGACACUGCUGAAGAGUGCAAUGGCUACUCAGACUAUAGGAACCAAUCGAAAGGGGGGGAGGGAAGUUAAAUUUUUAUGUAAAUCUAACACAUGACACUUGAUAACAGUAAAUGUCACCACUGUUUGUGUUUUAACUGCCACAUCUGCCAUAUUUUUACAAAAUGUGUGCUGUGAAUUUAUCACCUUUUUUUUUUAAUUCACAGGUUGUUUACUCUUAUAUGUGACUAUUUUUGUAAAUGGGUUUAUGUUUGGGGAGAGGGAUUAAGAGGGGAUUCUACAUUUCUCUAUGUAUAACGGAAUAUAUUUUAAAAUGAAGGCAUGCUGCAAUUCUCAUUCACAUAUGAAAAUAUCACAUCACAAGAGGAAAGAGUUUACUUCUUAUUUCAGGAUGUUUUUAGAUUUUUGAGGUGCUUAAAUAGCUAUUCAUAUUUUUAAGGUGUUUCAUCCAGAAAAAAAUUUAAUGUGCCUGUAAAUGUUCCAUAGAAUCACAAACAUCAAAGAAUUAUUUUAUUUUUACAUAAUCCAUUAUAUGUACAUGUAUAUAUGUAUAUAUGUAUAUGGAUGUGUAUAUACAUAUAUACACACAUGCACACACAGAGACACACAUACCAUCACAUAGUCAUUCCAAGUCCUGGCAGCAUGACUAUAACAUUUUUGAUAAGUGUCCUUUGGCUUAAAAUACAAAUAUCCUAUCAGUCCUUUCUAAGAAACCUGAACUGACCAAAAAGCACCCCUACCGCCACUUUAUAAAGUUGAGUCUGCUUUUUCCUGCAGUAUUGUUUAGCCAUCUUCUGCUCUUGGUAAGGUUGACAUAGCGUAUGUCAAUUAAAAAAUAAAUAAAUAAAAGUCUGCUUUGUAAAUAGUCACUUUACCCAGUGGUGCAUGUUUGAACAAACAAAAAUGAUGAUUUAAGCACAGUAUUUACUGCAUCAAAUAUGUACCACAGUAAGUAUAGUUUGCAAGCUUUCAACAGGUGAUUGCCAUUGGUUCCCUUAGAGUUUGGAGCUGUCACUGCUGCAUGUCUCUCUUGCUGAUGCUGCUGAAUCUUAUUCCUUCCACUGUUCAGAAGUCUAAUUGGGGAAGCCAUAUGUCAGUGGUGAAGUGAAGAGAAUUGUUCGAUCCAGACCUCAUCCUUCAUGUCAUGAGCAAUAGGUUGCAGCAAACAACAAAGAGCUUCUUGCUUUUCAUUCUUCCAAUCCCAUCUGAAGAGCCUGUGAUGAAAAGUCUGACUGCAGAAACACGUUCUAAGCUGCUUGGAUCUGUUGAAAUGUUUGGUUAGAGUUUUCUAAGAAAAUAUAAAUACUGUAAAAAGGUUCAUUUUAUUUUAUUUUUCAGCCUUUUGUACAUAAAAUGAGAAAUUAAAAGUAUCUUCAGGUUGAUGUCGCAGUCACAGCGUUAGUUUCUGUUGCCAGCACUUUUAAUUAAAGCACUCCACAAAGUAAGAAAUAAGGACAAGAUGCAGUGUAGGUUUCUGCUUUUGUUCUUAGUACUGUGAACUUGCACACAUUGCCACAUGAAACAGUUCUCACACGGAGUCCGAUGUUUAUUUGCUUUCGGUAGUAAUACCUUAUCAGUAAAAGAAGGUUCUUCAAAGAUCGGUUGAAGUUUUGGCAUUACUUAAAUCUGAUGUUUCCACCUGGUCUUUUUUCCCAGUUCUCAUCAGACUUUUGUAAUGUUUGUUUACACAGAUAGACAGAUAGAAUCUUAUUGAUCUAUACGGCAGUAGAACCGUAUCAGAAAUGAUGCAGAAAUCAAGCUUUCUCUCUCCUUUCUUCUUUCUCUUUCCCUUUCUUUCUUUCUUUCUUUCUUUCUUUCUUUCUUUCUUUCUUUCUUUCUUUCUUUCUUUCUUUCUUUCUUCCACAAAACCAGGUAGUGGAAUUAUAUUACCAGUUAUAGCAAAACAUUUUGUUUCACAAACAACAUUCAGCAUAGAUUCUUUAUACUGAAACUGUUGGCUUGUAGUGUAUGGGUGAAUGCAUGCAGGAAAAUGCUAUUACCAUACAGAGCAGUAAGCCACAUUGCAAUCAAGCUGAAAGAAUAAAGAUUUUGCUUUGGUUUUUUUGUAUUUAAUUGUUCUGUCUAUGUUUCUAUCUUUGAAAUGCCAUUUAGAGGUAAAUUUCUAUCCUGUAAAAAUGAUCUAUCUGAAAAAAAUAAAUGUAAAGAAUACACAUUAAAUAUAAUUCAUCUUUAAAUUUUUCAUGGAAUGGAAAUUAAGAAGAGUGUAUUGGAUAUCUAGUUUUAAUAUUGGCCAAAACCCUAGAUAUGGUACUGGGUAGAGUAGUGGAAAGUUACAAAAAAUUAAUAAAAAAAAUUGACUAACA